AUGAGUGUAUGUGCUGAAUGUAAACUCUCAGUUAAUCGCCAAGCUAAGGACAAGUUAGUGUGUUCCGGCUGUAAAUCGUUGUUUCACGGACAAUGUGUUAGUGGAAAAAAAAUAAGUGAAGCCGAAUUGGAUAUUUUAGUGGCCAAUUGCUGGUCUUGUAAACAUUGCGUGGCUAAGUUAAAAAGCCAACGUAAUGAAAAUAUAGACUUGACACCUGUGAAAGCGUCCUCAUCCAUCUCCGGCGCGCAGGUUCCGAUUUCUAUGGACCUUUUCAAGACAAUUAUAGCGGAUUUAAAGUGUGAUCUCAGUGAGGGACAGUCAAGGCUGGAAAUAUCCCUUCAGUCUUGUCUGGAGAAGCUUGGCUCCACUUCUGAAACUUUAGUCAGGCUUGAGGAAAUAAUCAAAACCCAACAGGCUACAAUAUCGAACUUGCAAUCCGAAAAUACCAAACUGAAAAAAAAUGUGGAUAUGCUAAAUGAGAGGGUGGAUGCUCUCGAACAAUAUGGGCGAAGAAACACCCUCGAAAUACACGGGAUUCCUGCUGCGCGUGAAGAAAAUACCAGAGACCUGGUGCUGGCUGCCUGUAAAGCGGUCGGAGUCGAGCUGCGUCCGGAGGCGAUUGACUGCUGUCACCGCCUUCCCAAGGGAGCAAAUCAACGCUCGCCGGGCAUCAUAGCCAAGUUCGUCCGACGCGAUGUCGCACACAUGGUCCUCGACAAGAAAAAACAAAUGAGGAAUCUUUCUUCGCGUGACGUUGGUGUUCGGGGUGAGGAACACUCCGUUUUCAUCAACUUGUCGCUGACUGCGAUGCGGAGGAGGAUAUUAUCUCAGGUAAAGAAGCUGCAAAAGGAUCACGGAUUCAAGUAUGUGUGGGUGGAUAAAGCGGGCAAUAUAAAGGUAAGACCAGUUGAUAAGGGUAGGGUCACAGUGAUUAAUUCUGAUACGGAACUGAACGCUUUCAUUGCUACUUUGGCGUAA